UGCCUGGCACGGCUAUUCUUUCCUUUGUCGCGGCUUUCGCUUUCUCACCUCGCUGCUGUAGACAUUUUGUUAGCAAUGGCUUGUUGGAAUACUUUCGGUAUGUUCAGUCAAGCUUGAGGCGAGGGCUGAAGUACUGGCUGAAGUACUGGCUGGAGUACCGGUCAUCUCAUUCGCAAGGUUGACCCAAGGGCUGCGUCGUCCGCACGCGUACAUUUACAUUCAGCCCAAACCUUAAGCUCCAUCUCAACCUUUCGGGCAUCUAGUGCACCGGUAGCGCUCACGCUACUCUGAACCGAGUGGCGAAGUUUUCAGGUACAAGGUUGGCAGCGCAAAUCCGCAUUUGGAUGGUCUCUUAGCUAGACUUCUUUUCUCACCGGUUUCGUGCAAAGAAGAAACAUGGAAGCACUUGAAAAUAAUCAGGCACCAUGUGGAGGGUUCGAGUCGUGAGUCUGAUCUCUGAACCAGCCAUCUGUCAUAUUGGGAUACUCUUUCACCACGUCCACCACCAGCAUCUCAAUCUCCCCAAUCUCAGGGCUCGUCACCGUCCUGGCCCAUCUCUCCCCGACCAUUGCCACCGUGAUCGGGAGUUGAUCGGCUGCAAGCACGAACAUAGAGCUCGUCUCUGGCGUGUAGUCCAUCUUGGCGUACUGGAUUCGAACGUCGUCCUUGGACCAGGUACUCUCGGUGAAGCGUUCGAACACCGUGAGAAAGGUCUGAGAGAGGACCGUGAGGAUGUUGCAUCUGUUUCGUUGGCCGACGUGGAGGCUGUGGGAGUCUCUGUUCGUGAUAGUGUUGAAGGGCCAAUUGUGGUCCAUGAAGCCAAUGCCAUCAUUAGACAUGUUGUAUGCAGAAUCUAUGUGAUAGUGGGAAAUGGAUGCGGUUGUUUUACGUAGCGUGUAGUCGAGAUGGUCGGUCUGUCCAAUUUCCUAUUGGGAGCCGUGAUGUUGAAAUCAAGCAUACAUUGCCCCGGAGUGGAGUAAACUAGUGUGAGCCACACAUGCAUUGCACGAGGAUCUUCAUCAGCUAGUUACCCGAGUGUGUAAGCUUGGCGUACCUUAACUCAAGCACGCUCAAGCUCGGAUCACGCUGUCGAAAAAGCCUUGGUCUACCCUUCAUAGGAGGCUGACUCAACCAGUCGUAAAGUCAAGUUUGGGGAAACAGCAGCGCUGGACACCGAAGAAGACAGUGGAGUAGACAAAUUCGUAUGAUUG